UGGAAGUAUUCUUAUGAAAUUAGUAUUUUAAAAUAUUUCAGUUGCUGAAUAAAAAUAACUUAAUCUUUAUUAUGCUAUAUGUCAGGAAAUUUUUCACACUUCUGCAAACUUUGCUACAGUAAUGCAAGUCAAAAAGACAUUCUGUAAAUUAUUAAGUUAAGCUUGUUGUUUACCUUUAACAAUUUAUGCAUAAAUUUAAAGAUAUAAAGGCAACUAUAAUUAGCUUCAAAACUAGCAGUGAAUAGAUCUUAUCCUACUGAUAAGAAUGUACUUAUAAACUUUUUGUUUUUAUUAUUCUGUACUACAUGAACGAUUCAAAUAGAGAUUUAGCGCGAACUAACGUGUGUCAAAAUCAAAUACAUUUUCGACGUAUGUUCGUCUUGCGCUAAAUUUCGUUUCAAAGUCUUAGUAGAGAUUAGGUCGUUUGUAUAUGUAGUUGAAGUGACCGCCACAGGCGUCUGACAUCCAGUCAAAGUAAUAUUUGGAAGAGAAGUCAAAUAUGAUAUACAUGACAGAUAUUCCUAAGACACAUGAAACUUUCAAAACACUGACAGUCGAAAGUCGACCACAGCAGUUGAUUCUCGACAGUGUUGGAACACUGCAGUAUUGACUUUUGAGUAGACGUAAGACUGUUGUUUGUGGGGUGGUUGUGUACUAAAAAACAAAUUCUGGGAUUGUUCUAUAAAAGCUGCAUUCUAAAAAUAUAACAUAAAAUGUAAAUUUAAUGAUGACCAUGAUAUUUAAUGUAAUUAAAUCAACAAGUGCUUGGUUUGUGGUUUCUUGACCAUUUCGAUUCGAUCUCGUAGUCGGACCAAACGCAUACCAUGGGCGAUGUAGUGAGUUUGUUUUCUGUAAUAAUAAUGAAGUUUAAAUCAAAGAUUUAUCAAAGUAACCUUUAUUUUCACUGUGAGUUUCCUUGGGAGAAGCUUAAGUCUGUUAAAUGGAAAAACGAAAGAGCUACAUCUAACAAAGCUUAUAUUCCCACCAAAGUGGAAAAUGUAGCAAAUGUUUGUACACAUGCCCUUUGUGUUGCACCUGCAUCUUUUGGUGCCAGGGAACUGCUCACUCGCUCCAUAAACGCACCACAAGCAAUAGCGGCAAUUGUCUAUGGGCUAGCUCUCUGUCUUCUUUUUGCAGUUUCUACAACUUUCCACUCUGUGUGUUGUUGUGGUUCUGAUACCAAAAUGAAGCAUUUCCUUCACCGUUGCGAUCGUGCAAUGAUCUAUAUAUUCAUUGCGAGCUCUUACUUCCCCUGGCUGACGGUUGGGACACUCUCCUGUUGGAUGCUGAGGGAAUUGAGAUGGGCGAUAUGGUUACUAGCAGUGCUCGGCAUCACCUACCAACAGAUCUUCCAUGAGCGGUACAAGAUGCUGGAGCUAUUGCUGUAUCUUAUCAUGGGGCUGGGUCCUGCUGUCGUCAUUUUCACGUCUAAUCACCAGUUUCCAGCGAUGCACGAUCUCAAACUCGGUGGUAUGUUGUACCUUAUAGGAGUGUUCUUCUUCAAAUCAGACGGCCGGAUACCAUUUGCCCACGCUAUAUGGCAUCUCUUCGUUGCCUUAGCCGCCAGCGUACACUAUCUGGCGAUACUUCGACACCUCUUCCCCGAACUCAAAACCCAAUAAAGACUGCCCUAUUGAAUCUCAAUUUGAGCUCUCUAUGCUAUUUUUGUAACUAUAACAGGAUAAUUCGUCUUGAACAGCAAUUGGCUCUAUUGAAGUACGUUCAUUGAUCUACGACGGUUUACUCUUUUCAAUGCAUGUUAUCGAUAUAAGAUUAAUAUAGUUUUAUGGAUAGGUUUUCUUCUGAAUCAUUUCUAGUCUAGUUUUGGUCCAUGUUUAUGUUUUAAUCGCCAUGUUACGCAAGCUUUUCGAGCUUGAAGGUCUUAAUAUCGGUUUGCAUAUGGUUUCGCGGUUUCUGUAUGAUGUAACGAGUCUGCACGCAAAAUGAUAAAUGAAGCGUUUUACAAGGAUAAUAUGAAAUUUAAUCUAUUUAUUCUUGAGUUGUAAUAUAGUCUGUGCAUACUGGCGUAGCAGUUAUGCAAAGUCAACUACAAAAAACUGUUUACUUAUAUUUUUAUAUUUAGUACGCGUUGAAGUUAUAUAGAAAAACAAAUAGUUUAUUAGUGACCUCAAAUCUGACGACGGCCGUCUACUAUGUGGUUUAAUGUAUGGUAUAUUCAAACUUUUUGGCGUCAUACCAAUAAUUUGCAAACCUCUCGACUACUCUCUCAACCACUGAAGAGGCCCUUGAACAUCGACAAAGCGUAUCUACAAAGGUUCGGUUUGAAUGAACUACUGAAGGGAAACUUCUAAUGCGAACGAGGUUGCGUAACUUUUAACGCUACCAUGGAGGGGGUAUGAAAGUACUGUUAUGUUAAACGUUCAACACUCUUGGGGAUGGUGAAUAGAAAGAGACAGAGAUUGGUCUCUGUCUUGAUUAUUUUCGUCAUUAAUUUCCACAUUACAAAGUUUCACUUAUUCCGCGCGGAAUUUUUACUGUUGUUUUGUUUUCAUCAACGUGGGCUGAACUCGUUGAAAAUUUUUACGUUUUACGAUAUUAUUUGUUAGUUUAGAGAAAUAUUUAAUGAUUUAUUUAAUCAUUUGGCUAGAUUUUUCUGUAUAUGUGCCGUAUAUAUUUUAAUGUACUUGUGUAUAAUCUAGUAACAUCACCAAUAAUAUUUGAAGUUAAUGUAACCACUUUUCGCAAGUACUCGAUUGUAACAUACCUUUUGGAAUAAAUGAUGAAUUUAUCUAAAACUUAAACAUGGACCUAAUCGCCAAAUAGAUAUCUUAAAGUGAUUGUUCGUGUAUAUUUUGUAAAAUAUUGUUAAAGAAAUCUUAUUGUUGUAAAGUCGUAGCUGUAUUACAGAAUCUUGAGACCAAACCCUUUUUAGAGAAUUUAAAUUAACAUGUAUUAGAUUUUUUAGAGAUGUUUAUCUAUACUUAUACGAAUCCUACUUUUUCUGUAAGUAAUACUUUUAUACAAUUCGAUAUUUCCUUAGAUUAGACUGUGUCUGUCUUAGCAUAGAUUGUGGUUUGAUGUUAGUUGGGUUAAACAAAAUGAUUUGAAUCCACAUAUACAAGGUAACUUGUUCUAUUCCUUAGAUUUAACUAAUUUAAUAGCGAUUGCUCAAUCAUUGUAGGUGUUUGAAGACUUCAGUUGUGGAGGAAUCCUAGAAGACGUAUCUCCAUAUUUCCAUGAAUCUCAUUAGUAACAUUUAUUUAGCUUUAAUAAGGGAAUUGCAAUAUGUAAUAAACUUGUAUGACAAUUACGGUUGUAGAAAUGUAUCUUUGAUUUUUUUAAGUAGUUGUUUUGUGCUCUCUAAUUUGCAUACAGUACAAGCCAUGAUUGUGGAUGUCAGUGUUGCGUUAACACAAUCGUCUUUGUAAUCUGGACCGACACUGGGGUGAUGUAUGUAGGUCGGAUGAAUAUGUAUGUGAUUUCUUCACUGUCCAAUAUUUUAAAAGAAUACAUUUCUAAACAAUAGAAGCUUAGUCACGAUUUGGAGACGAUAGUAAUGAAACUGGAAUCUCUGAAAUACUUUUCACCGAUUAAGAAUUUUUUUUGUUGAACUCUUGAUUAUAAUCUGCUUAAAAAUUAUUGCGCACUGCCAGUAACAAGUGCAUUUGUUGCUGAUAUGGAUCGUAUGAAUUAUAUCUAGUCAAAUUUGCCGAAUUUAUUGCAAUUAGGUGUUAAUUUAUUAACCCCAUGCGAUGUUUAUUAUACGUUAAUUCAUGAGUUUUUAAUACGCUGUAAGGUGACAGGGUAAAUUAAGUCAUAGCAAAGCAUCGAAAGCGAUCUAAAAUGGACCUCAGUUUGUAUUAUUUAUGCAUUACAAUAUAUACAAGAGUGAGAAAUUGAACCUAUCUAUUAAUAUUACGCCUAUUGAAUUUUUAUGCAGUUUUUAAUACGUAAUAUUCCUAAUUUAUACAGGAAUUGAUUACUGAUUAUUGCUAAAUCAGUCUUCCAGAUUGUAAAAAUGUAAUUGAUUAUUUAUUGUUUUAUUAUCAUAUAAUUUCUCAUUUUACAUCAUCAAAAAGGUAUUUUUACAAAGUUGUCUCUCAUAUGAAAAUUUGUAUUGAAUGUAGUACACCUUUCACCUUAUAUAAAAACAAAAUAUUUUUGUGGUUUUAAUAUCCUAGCUGAACCAGUGUUAUUUUAAUAUUUGUUAUAGUAGUGUAUAAUUCUGUAUUUUUAUAAAAUAGUGUUACUUCAUACAAUCGUGUUACCUUGAUGUGGACAGUGGUAUAGUUUUUUAGAGGUUUUUGGGAACUCAUUAAAACUUUUA